CACAGUCAGUUAGUUUCGAGUUGUAUUUCGUGAAGGGUGUCGAUGUGUUCUCGUUGUUCUUCGUUUUAGCGUUUUUAUUUUGAGUUGUUUCGUUUUUUUCGACAUGGGUUUUGAGUCGUGUUUUGUUUGAUUUUGCCGCAUUUUGUCCCGCAAGAGUCCCAAGCAAGAUCCGGCCAUGGUACAGCACUCGGACAACCCACCCCCUCAGGUUCCAUACUGCUUAGCCCGGGCCCUGUACGACAACGUACCGGACACACCGGACGAGUUGGCGUUUCAAAAAGGAGAUACCCUGGUGGUUCUAGAGCAGAACACGAGCAAUUUCGUAGGAUGGUGGUUAUGUUCGCUUCACGGACGACAGGGUAUCUGUCCAGCCAAUAGACUUAGGUUAAUACCGGGUGUUUACGAAGACUUCAGCCAAUCCCGCGUUUGCUCCCCCCAAUUUUCAGAUGGUCCUGCUGACCUCAGCUAUCUACAACGUGAAGGCAAACGAAGAAGUUGGCAUGUCCAUCCAAACCAGGUGGUAACACCGAAAAAAUUCAAUGACGUCUACCUGUACGACAUGCCUCCUUCAAGAUGCUCCUCCAUUCCGGUCCCUGGACUCAGUCCCGGCCUCAGCCCGCGUGACCCUCCCGGCGGCGACUGCUACGACGUUCCUCCCAGAGCUGUACCCGUCGGUAAUGAGAGCUUCAGGAACUGCCCCCGCUGCUCCCCCGCGCCAUCUUGCGUCUCCCCCGUAAGUCGAGAAUCGGGGGAGGCCUACGACAUCCCCAGGCCCUCGCACCACAUCAACCAGUUGACGCCCUCCAGCUCGGCCAGCUCACUGACCGCCGACUCUCAUUCGUUAAGUUCCUCGAACCGAAGCAGCAUGGCCAACAUGCCCGACUACGACGUUCCUAGACCCCUAAUCCGAAGCCCGCAGUUGGUCAACACGACGCCUACGCAAAUUUCCUCACCCUCCCCCUAUCAGACGUACGAUGUUCCUUCCUCCCAGCAGCAGCUGAAAGAGCUGCCGCUAGAGCUAAAUUCAGCUUUGGAAAAUUUAGAGAGAUUACAGACUGAAAGUAUGAGCGCGAUUUCGAAGUUGCUCGGUUUCGUUAGUCCGAACUGGCGCAGUAGGGAGAAGCUGGACAACACAGUGAUGGAGAUAAAACUGACGGUGACGAGACUGAAGACUUCGUUACACGACUUGGCAGAGUUUGGCGAGGGCUCGUUAGGCAACGCGGCCAAAGCGUCGGAUAAGAACUUGGUCGUGAAACUAGCACCUCUAGUAUCGGCGUUACGAAAAUCAGACACGCUGAUACGUACCGCUUCGGAGAGCCUGGAUAAGCACAGCUGGUCGGUGGAUCGGCUGUGCAAACCUGAAUCUGGAGAAAAGUCGUACACACCCGACGAACUGGAACAGCUGAUCGCCUGUGCCAGAGCCUUAACGGAAGACGUUCGACAAAUAGCUUCCUUUAUCCAGGGCAACGGACUUUUGCUUUUUAAACCCUCCUCCACCACCCCCACCAUCCAACCGACCGAAGAGUACGACUACGUCACUUUCGAUUCGAAGGAUAACAUCGCGAAAAACCACACCCAGAUCAUCAACGAACUGCCCAAAGAACUGAAAAAGGGCUACGACCAUUGCGUGAAGCACGCGGACGAUGUCGCCUUCGAGGCCGACUUCAAAGAAUUAGGACAGGACGACAAAAAACUGCUCACUUUUUUCGCCGCCCAAAUCGUCACCCAUCACACCAAUCUCACCCACGCCAUAGACUCGUUUUUGCAAACGGUUGAGCACAAUCAACCUCCGAAAAUAUUCCUCGCUCACGGCAAGUUCGUGGUGCUCAGCGCUCACAAGCUGGUCAAUAUCGGUGAUACGGUGUCCAGGAAUGUCUCGAGGAAGGAUAUCAAGGAUCGGGCGCUGAGUUGCGCCAACGCUCUUUCGGAUGCUCUGGCGACCAGCGUGAACAAGACCAAACAGGCAGCUCAGCAAUUCCCAUCGGUCAAUGCGGUCCAGGAAAUGAUCGAUUCGAUUGUUGACAUUUCGCACAUGGCUAAGGACCUUAAGGUUUGUCUCGUACAGGCCGCUCUUCCAUUGUAAUUAUAUAAAGCAUUUAUUUUCUCAUUUUUUACAAAGGAUAUGACAUUGAAUAAACAAAAAUGACAAAUUAUUCGAAUAUAGUACCCUACCUAGUAAAUAUUCUUUCUUAAUAUUGUGAAAACUUCAAAAGUCAAUAUCAGGAGUUCAAACAACCUACCAGUUUAGCUAGAACUAUAACCACCCUAAUCUAAAAUUAUUUUCAUUAAUGAAUUAAUUACCUUAUUGAAUUAAUUUCUAAUACUGGCGGACUUUAGAACUCAAAAAUAUAGAUAUAUCUGAAAUUAUAAUUUUAGAAUUUUCAGCAAUAAAUAUCACAAAAUGAAAUAAUAGAACUUAUUAUAUUGUUUCAAGUUCGAAAUUAUUUAAUAUUGGAAAACGUCAAAACCUGCAAAAAAUAAAAUCUCCAAAAUUAUCGAAAAAAAUAUUUUUAUAGUUACCACAUCAAAAAACCCAGAUGUAAUAUCUCACAAAAAAAUAUAAUCAUAAAUAUCAACAAAAAAUUCACAUUGUCAAGUUUAAUUAUACAAAAGCAAAAUUUCUCGAUAUACGUAUAAAUUUAAUUCUCCUAUAUUUUCCAAUGUUCUACCUCCAAUUUUACACAGCUCUCUAGAAAUAGUAAAAUAUCGACUAGUAUUGAAAUACCCAGUGGCGGUGUUAUUUCAAUGUAUUUUAUGCCUUUAACUUGGGUAGAGCAUAUUAUAAUUAGUAAGGUACACGCCUUUUAACAAAUAUUACUAUAUUUAGGAAAUCACUAAAUAAAACGUAGGGUAAACUACCCAGUUAGUGGCACUCAGCAAGUUAUUGGCACUCUAAACUUUGAAAAUAAAUCUGGACAUACUGAAUCAAAUCGCCAUAUUUAUUUCAAGCAUCGAAUUUUUUAGUAAGAUAGAAAAAAUCAUGCUUUUUUGGCGCGUUUAUAAUAAAGACAACGCCUAACUUAAAGAAACUUUUUCACGUCCAACGCCAAGAGUCGCGCCUACUAAUACAGUCACACCACUUUAAUAUUUUUAAUUCCGAGGAUAAAAAUCCCGUUUCAAAAAACAAUAGAUGUCGAAAAAGGCAAUUGCGAAUAAAAUUAAUAAAAAGUCAGAAUUAUAUUAGAGUGUACCAUGUUACUUGUUUAAAACGAAGAAAUAUUUUUAAAUAUUUUUUUUAGGUGUUGUAUCAUAAAAAAUUGAACUUUUGUUUUCGGUUUUUGAUUUUGGCCCUAAUCCUUAUUUUCAAAAUCUACUAUGAUCAUGUUAUUUACUGUGAGAAUUUUGCAUCUUUAUUUGAGAUUUAAAAUAGAAAAAACUAAAUAUUGUUACAUUAAAGUAAAUUAUAGUAGAGUAGACUAACAAGAUCCGGACAAAAAAAAAGUAUUUUUAAAGAUUCCGUUAGAUAAAAUAUCAUCGUACGUCUUUAAAGUGCCAAUAACUAGCUGGUUUACCCUAGGUAAAUUUAAAGUAAUGUUAUAAAGUUUCUAACUUUUACAGAUCCAUUUGUCAGACUGUAUCUCUAUAUUUAAGAUUAGUUCAAUAUUUUUGAAGACACCGAUGUUGGAGUUUUUAUUGUUAAACCUAGUUGUCAAAUUAAUUAUUUGAGGGCUGGGAACCCCCAAAGAUGAAAAUAUAAAUAAUAAUCUCUCUAAUAGUUUCUAGUGAGAUGAUUUGAAUAUUUUUGAAGGCCCUAAUGUUUGAGGGUUCUUAUUUAGUUGUGAAAUUAUUUUUUGACAUUAAAAAAUCCAGAUAUAUCUAUUAUUUUAUUGGGAUAUUAGUGGGAUUAGUGGGAUAUUUUUGAAAACAACGAAUUUUGAGUUUUUUUUGUUAAAUUUAGUUGUCAAAUUAAUUAUUUGAGGGCUGGUGACCAACCUUCAAAGAUGCAGAUACAUCACUAAUAGUUUUUGAGGUUAAUUGAGUAUGUUUGAAGACACUGAUGUUUGAGGGUUUUGUUAAAGGAUUAUUGACUAACCCUCAAAGAUACAGAUAUAUUUCUAAUAGUUUUUGAGGUUAAUUGAAUAUUUUUGAAAACACUGAAUUUUUGGUGUUGAACUGAGAUGUUUUGUUAAAUUUAGUUGUCAAAUUAAUUAUUUGAUAUUACGGGUCCACACCAAAAAAAUCCAGAUAUAUCUCUAAUGUUUUUGUGUUUAGUAGAAUAUUAAAUUGAAAACGGGGAAGUCUAAGAUGUUUUCUUAACAUUAGUUAUUUGAGGGUAAUUGACCAACCUCAAAAAUACAGAUAUUUAUUUAUAUCUCUAAUAUUUUUGAGGUUGAAUGUUUCCUAAACCACUGGGGGGAUUUCGUUAAACUUAGUUUUCAAAUUAAUUUUUUGUUACUAUGGCCCACAGCUCAAAAAGCCAUUAAUUCUCUAAUACUUUUUGAAGAUAGUUGAGUAGUUUCGACAACACUGAAGGUUGAGAAAUUUAGUUGUCAAACUAAUUGUUUGAUACACCAAAGUCCACAUAUAUUUCUUAAUAUCUUUGAGAUUCCGUAAAUAUUUUUAAAAACGCCGAAGUUUUGGAUUUUUUGUGAAAUGGUAAUUGUCAAAUAAUUCUUUGAUACUACGAACCACAAUACAAAAAUUCUGAUAUAUCUAAUAUAAUAGAAGGCUGGAGAAUAUUUCAGUCGAUUUUGUGAAAUUUGGUAAAUAAAAUAAUUUUAUCCACGACUCCCUAGUUAAACGAAAUUUCAUUGUUUUGUUUCCAUUUUACUUACUCGUUAUACUCGUUCAUUAUUUUUUUGACAUUAAAAAUAAGAACUUAUAUUAAUAUUAUCUAAAAUUUUUUGAUAGUCCUGGAUAAAGUAUAGUAUUCUACUCGCAUAUAAUGGCUGUUAUUCACUUGGAUGAUUUAUGACACUCGCCUGCGGCUCGUGUCAUAAACUUCAUCCGCGUGAAUAACAGCCAUCAUUAUAUGCUCCUUGUGAAUAAUAUACUAUUUUAAGUAAGGACAUACCUUAAAAAUUAUGAUGUAUCUCUAACAUUCUUUAAGGUUUGUUGAAAAAAUUAAAAUUUAAUCUCAAAAUUACAUUUAAUUAACAAAGAGAUUCACGGAAAAGCGAAAACAAUAUUUUAUAUUAAUUUUGAUAUUUAACUUAAAUAACUUUUUUUACGUAUGUGACACUAAGGACCAUAUAUCUCAAAAUCAUAUGGUUGUCUCAAUAAUUCAGAACAGCACAGAACAAACUACUACCAGAAUUAAAUAUUAUACAGUAAUACUAGUGUAAAAAUUAAAGUAAACAGUUUAUAAUUUUGGAGACAAGUUAAAUCUGUGUUCAAAUUACGACGUCACGUCGGUCAGUUUAACUUUUGCAAAAUUAUUUAGAUUUAACAAUUUCGAGAAUUUCUCUACAAACUAAAAUUUUUGAUAUUAUAUUUGGGGGCCCUUUUCUUAAAAUGUAGCUCUGCCAAUGAAAAUCGACUCAUGUCAUAUCCUUUUUCCUAUGGACACAAAGAAAUGUAUUUCACAUCCCUCAUUUUUAUUGUACAGAAAUUAUAUUUAGAAUACCUCUUCAUCAAUUAACGCCAAAAAUUCCUUCAAACCGGGAUGUGAAAUAGAAUUGUCUUGACAAAUACCUAUUGCAUUUAUUGUCAUAUUUUAUUUAGUGUUUUCUUUGAACUAAUGUGCAAUGUUCCAACUUGAUAAGAUUUCCGAAAAAAAUUGUACUUAAAAGUUUUAAUCGGUUAAUGUAAAUAUUUUAGUAUUUCUAAAUUAUGUUUGAUUGAUUUCAUUUAUUUAUUUUUUAGUUAUGUUAUUGUUCUACGUUUAGAUUUCUAUAUGCUCAAAAAUAAAGAGGAUAGAUUAUUUUUUA